AGAAGGCCAUCCAACCAGAAAGCGGCAGUUUCCUUCUGCCGCCGUGGAUUGGCUGUCGUACAGAGGCGGGGGGCGGAACCAGCAGUGGCGGGACGAUUCUGACGGCGGCACAUUCCUGGGUUCUAACAGGCGUUGGGGAGCGGCCGUUGGGAGCGGAUUCCCUGCUGCCCCCGGUCCAGCUGGGCCGGGCCGUGUGCGGCGUGGGGGUGCUUCUGCGGUGCGGUCCGGACGGCGGCCAUCGCCGCCGGGAUUAGGGGCUGCUGGCUGUAAAUCCUCUGCCUGGCUUUAGCCCUGAGCCCCCUCCUUCUCCCCCGCGGCGCCCUGCCGGCCCAGCUCAGCUAAGCUGCUCUAAUCGCAGCCCCGGCUGUCUCCGCCUCGCCUCUUCUGGGCACGGCCAUGGAGUCGCGGCGGCCGCGGCCGCGCUCGCCACCGGGUCGCGGCGGGAGGGAGAACAAGGGGCUCCGCAGGAAGGGCCCGCCGGCCGCCGGCGGAUCUGAGGAGGCCACGGACGGCAGGAAGCCUAAAUUCCAUUUAAAUAUCAAGACACUGACAGAUGAUGUGUUGGACAGAUUUGCCAGUAUAAGAAUUCCAGGAAGCAAAAAGGAAAGACCUGGUCUGCCACAUAUGAAGCAGUCACAGUCUACAGAUUGGUCAUCCACACCUACUGAUGGGGAAGAUUUUGUUCCAAAACCCCUCUCAGAAAGAGAAAUCAUAGCACUGUUUGAAAAAAUGAUGGAAGAUAUGAAUUUAAAUGAAGACAAGAAGAUGCCACUGAGAGAAAAGGAUUUUAAUACCAAAAAAGAAAUGGUGAUGCAAUACAUUAGCACUGCUUCAAAGUCUGGAAGUCUCAAGAACAGUCGGAAGAUUUCACCACAAGAAUUUAUCCAGGAAUUAAAAUCUGGAUCAACAGAUGAAAGACUAGUGACUUGCUUAGAAUCACUUCGUGUGUCCUUGACUAGUAAUCCUGUCAGCUGGGUUGAAAACUUUGGCCGAGAAGGUCUGGGUCUUCUGUUGGAUGUUUUGGAAAGACUGGUUGAGACAAAACACCAGGACAAAGCUGUGAAGAGAAGCCAGCAUAAGGUUAUACAGUGUUUGAGAGCCUUCAUGAAUAAUAAGUAUGGAUUGGAAAGAAUUCUGGGAGAAGAGAGGAGCCUUUUGUUGCUGAUCAAAGCAAUUGAUCCCAAGCAAACUAAUAUGAUGACGGACAUAGUUAAACUCCUUUCUGCAAUGUGCAUUGUUGGAGAGGAAAGCAUCCUCGAAAAAAUUUUGGAAGCUAUAACAGCAGCAGCAGAGGAAAGAAAUGUUGAUAGAUUCUCUCCUAUUGUAGAAGGACUUCAGGAUAACUCAGUUCAGCUGCAAGUAGCUUGCAUGCAGCUCAUCAAUGCUCUUGUUACAUCGCCUGAUGAUUUGGAUUUUAGGCUUCACAUCAGAAAUGAAUUUAUCCGCAGUGGAUUGAAAGAGAUAUUGCCACAAUUGAAAUGUAUAAAAAAUGAAGCACUAGAUAUUCAGCUGAAGGUAUUCAAUGAACAUAAGGAAGAAGAUAUGAUUGAAUUCUCUCAUCGUUUAGAAGACAUUAGAUCUGAACUAGAUGAAGUAAAUGAUGUUUACAACAUGGUGUGGAAUACAGUUAAGGACACUAGUGCUGAAGGAUAUUUUCUUUCUAUUCUCCAACACCUUUUGCUAAUAAGAAAUGAUUAUUUUAUACGUCCACAGUAUUUCAAAUUAAUUGAAGAGUGCGUGUCCCAGAUAGUGUUACAUCGAAGUGGAACAGACCCAGAUUUCACAUAUCGUAAAAGAUUAGAUAUAAAUUUCAGCCACUUAGUAGAUAUUUGUGUAGAUAAAGCAAAAUUAGAAGAAAGCGAAGAGAGGGCUUCUGAAAUUUCCAGAGAGUUUGAAAAAAAUUUUUUAGCUCAUCAAGAGACCCAGGCCCUACUGCAAAAAAAAGAAGAAAGAAUCAAUGAACUAGAAGCAGAAUUACAAGCUUUUAAAUCUCAGUAUGGCUCCUUGCCCCCUGGAUUUCUACCACCAACAUGUGGAGAUGCAUCUGUCAUUCCACGGGAAGCUGCAGAACCACAACAGUUGCCUCCUCCUCCUCCACCACUGCCUUCUAAUGGAGCAAUCCCACCACCACCACCGCCUCCCCCUCCUCCUCCACUUCUUUCGAAUGGCUUGGGAAUUCCUGCAGGAAUUGGUGCUCCUCCACCACCACCACCUCCACCAGGCCUACCUGGGGCACAGUGGUCUCCACCUUCAUGUACUUUGCCAUUUGGACUGAAGCCUAAAAAAGAAUUCAGACCAGAGGUUACCAUGAAAAGACUCAACUGGUCUAAGAUCAGGCCUCAGGAAAUGACAGAAACCUGUUUUUGGGUUAAGGCAGAAGAGGACAAGUAUGAGGAUGCUGACAUGCUUUGCAAAUUGGAACUUACGUUUUGUUGUCAAAAGAGGGUAAAAAAAGACGAGGAAGAUUUUGAAGAAAAGAAAUCCAUUAAGAAACGAAUCAAAGAAUUAAAAGUUUUGGACCCAAAGAUUGCACAGAAUUUGUCAAUUUUCCUUGGAUCUUUCCGAGUGCCUUAUGAGGAAAUAAAAAUGAUGAUAUUGCAAGUAGAUGAAAUGCAGCUGUCAGAGUCCAUGAUUCAGAAUUUAAUAAAACAUCUUCCGGAGCAAGAACAACUGAAUGCAUUGUCCAAGUUCAAGAGUGAAUACAACAAUUUGUCUGAGCCAGAGCAGUUUGGAGUGGUGAUGAGCAACGUGAAGAGACUACGGCCACGGCUCAGUGCUAUUCUUUUUAAGCUUCAGUUUGAGGAGCAGGUGAACAACAUCAAACCUGACAUCAUGGCUGUCAGUGCUGCUUGUGAAGAGAUAAAAAAGAGUAAAAGCUUCAGCAGGCUGCUGGAACUAGUACUGUUAAUGGGAAACUACAUGAAUGCAGGUUCUCGGAAUGCACAAACCUUUGGAUAUAAUCUCAGCUCUCUCUGUAAACUGAAAGACACGAAGUCGGCAGAUCAAAAAACAACAUUGCUCCAUUUUCUUGUAGAGGUGUGUGAAGAAAGCUAUCAAGAUGUCUUGAAUUUUGUUGAGGAUUUUCAGCAUUUGGAUAAAGCUAGUAAAGUCUCAGCAGAAAACCUGGAGAAGAGCCUGAAGCAUAUGGAAAAGCAACUCCAACAGCUUGAGAAGGAUUUGCAGACUUUUCCAGUUGCUGAAGAUAAGCACGAUAAGUUUGUAGAAAAAAUGUCUAGCUUUCUAGUUCAUGCCAAAGAAGAUUUUCAGAAACUUUCACGGAUGCAUGAGAACAUGGAAAAACUGUAUCAGAACGUGAUGGGAUAUUACGCCAUUGAUCUGAAGAAAGUUUCUGUGGAGGAGUUUUUAACUGACUUAAACAACUUCAGGAUGAUGUUCAUGCAAGCAGUAAAGGAGAAUAUAAGAAGGAGAGAAGCAGAAGAAAAACAGAGGCGUGCUAAAAUAGCUAAGGAGAAAGCAGAAAAAGAAAAACAAGAGAGGCAACAAAAGAAAAAGCGUUUGUUAGAAAUGAAAACAGAAGGCGAGGAGACUGGAGUGAUGGAUAGUCUGUUGGAGGCCUUGCAGUCAGGGGCAGCUUUUCGAGAUCGAAGGAAAAGAACACCAAGGGCUAAAGACAUACCACAAAGUCUCAGUCCAACCACACAGAGGCCUGUGCUGAAAGCCUGUAACCAUGGAACUGGCCCAAGGAAGAAUGAAAUAUAUUUGGCAGGUGCUUGUCUGGCACACAACAUACUGAUAUUUAAAUAAUGACUACAGAGCACAUCUGAAUUUUACCCUGUAAGUUACCAUUUGUAGGAACCGUUAUGUUGAAAGUUGCUUCUUUUCAGCCCCUUCUAUCUGUCUGUCUACGGGCAAUACAGUUUCCGUUUUCAAACUAUAAAUGCAUUUGGACAAACAUGAGGACUAAGUUUUUUGAUUCAGGUUAAAAAAGAAAGAAAGAACCCAAAACCUAAAUUUGGCAAAGUGUGGGAACCAACUUGUAUAACUGAUAGAUAUAGUCUGGUACUCAAGUUUGAUUAAAGAUCAGAUGUUUGUUCUAGAAAAGUAAAAGUAAACUCUUAGGUUUUUUGUUGCUUUUAGUUUAGCAAUAUUUUCAGUAGAGCAUCUUGAGACAAUCUGAUUCUAAGAUAUUUUAGAAUGAAUGCCACUUUUCUUGAGCCUGUCUUAUUUUUUCAGGAGCAGGAUAAUACAUUCCUAAUCUUUCUUUUAAGGAAUUCACUAGUAUGUUGUUGAUUAGUCGGCACUUGUCACAAUGUCUAUAUGUCGUAUCUUCCUAUCUUGAGCCAAACAAAGCACUGAACUCGAUGUGAUUUUUGAUUAAACAUAUAGGCCUUAAUUGCUUUGAGUUAAUCUUGUGGAUUGUUCUUUUUUUUUUUUUCUUCAGCUGUUGAAAGCCUAAGUAGGUAAUUUGAGAAUUUUCUGUUGGAUCAUUUAUGUUGUUAUUAGGAAAUUAGAAAUUAUGUAGGUUGCAUAUUAUAGAAUGUAUGCUAGACCCUCAGUAGCAAAGCUUGUUUUUAGUAACUUCACUGAAGUUAGUAGUGUCGUCACUCAAACCAAGAAUUACAAAGCUUCUUUCAUUUUCUGUUACCAAGGAGUUGAGCAUUUUAUGAUGUCAGGUUUGUUUUUUUCAGUCUGGUCCUCUUUGUAAUUGUUUUCUUUCACUUUUUGUCUAAUGUGGAUAAAUAUGCAGUAACUUAUUAUUUCUAUGGGUACUACACAUAGUGAUUUAUUUUCUGUAGCUCAUUGUGUAUAUAUUGUACAGUAAAAAGUCUCUGAUUUCAGCCUACUUCAGAAAAAUUGGAAUACAUCAUUAGACAGAAAGAUUGGUUUGGCCUUUAAUUGAUUGGCUAUUUUUCCCAAUUUAAAAUUUCAAAUGAAUGCUAAAUUUUAUAUCAGUGUGCCAAAAAAGCUACUACCUUAAAAUAUGUGAAAAGCGAUAAAGCACUUCUCUUGUUUGCUUCUUCUGAUGAGACUAACAGAUUCACUUAUAGUGGAUAUGCUUUAUUAAUACACAUUGAAGAUUCAUACCUAGAGUGUACUUUUACUCAUAAUGCAGUCAAAAAGAAUUACAAGCCAUGUGUUGAAAUAUGUGCCUACUGAAUGAUUUAGAGUGCAGCAAUCUCUGCUGGGCAGAUGCCAUCAAGUUCUAACGUUUUCUGUUUAAAAACAAAAUAAAACCAAACAAAAACUAUUUAGCCUUUAUGAUUAAAGAUUUUUCUCUAAAAAAAGUGAAAUAAAAUUGUACCCCAGCAGUAGAUGUAAAAAGCAGUGACUUCAUAUUUCACAGGGAAUGGUAAGGGAGAGAAAUACAGGGAGAAUGUCCACUCUCUCCAUAGCUGCAAUAUAAAUGGCAGCAGGAAGGUAAUUUAUUUCAUCACUGCCAUUGUUAUCCUCAGUACAAUACUGCUGAAGAUACCAAACUACCUCUUAAUGGUGAGGCUAAGCCAAGUCUUAUUAAAAAAAGAAAAAAAAAAAGUGAAAAACAGAGGAGCAAGCCAAUACUAAAUAGCUCUGGAACUGAGAGUAGAAAUUUCCUCAUUUCAUGCUAAGAAAAAAAAAACAAGAACAGGAAGGAGGAGUAGUAAAUUUAGAGGAAUGCUAGCCAUUGAACUCUGGUACUCUUCACUUGGUAUUUCUGAGUAUCAGUUCUGCUGCUUCCCAGGGUGGCCUCUUGGGUGUGUUCUUUUGUUUUCAGUUCUACUGCACUUUUC